AUGGCAAAGCUCACUGAUGAUGCCGGUGAAACGUCUGAGAGCCCUCCUGGAUCAUCUAUUCAAACAGCAGCCGCCAUUCAUGGUAGCUUCGCCAACGGAGCAACAAAUGUACCUGAUACAGUAAUCUCACCACGUCUCUCACCGCUCCUCUGUUCGUCUUUUAUCCGCCCUACUUCUCCGGUCUCUAUCCAUUCUGGCUCUUCGUCUCCUACAUUGGUCGAACCUUCGCCCAUAGGCCCAGGGCCCGAGGAAAUGCAGACAGAGAUGCAGGUUCACACGUUUGAAGUCGACUUAACACGAGUAUGUCUGUUUCCUAUGGCAAGGUUGGCUUGCCAUCCAUAG